GCUGGUGAUUUUUGGCGCUGAUGGCGCUCCGUACUCAAGACUUCUGCACUGACUCUCAGAUGUAAACGCGUCUUCAGCUGUUGCUGUCAUGAUCGGAGACGCCGCGCACAUUUUCCCAGCAGAAGAUGGUUUGUUUGAGGAGACGUUCAGCACGGAAAACACAUACAGAGUCCACGGACUGAACAUCAGGAUUCAGCAGGAUUACAGCGCGAGCCUGGGCGUCGCUGCGUCAGUCUGGGACUCCGCUCUGCAUUUAUGUCAGUUCUUUGAGAAGGAGUCUCUGGAUCUCAGUGGGACGCGGAUCAUAGAGUUGGGUGGAGGAACAGGACUGGUUGGCAUAGUGGCUGCACGAUUAGGAGCCCAUGUGACCAUCACAGACUUACCUUCUGCUGUUUGUCAGAUCGAGAGGAACAUUGCGGUGAACACGCCGCUCUCAGGAUGGCCCUCGGACGGCCCCACGGUGUCAGCGCUGGCGUGGGGCCUGGACCACCGCCGAUUCUCCUCCAGCUGGGACUUUGUGCUGGGCACAGACAUCGUCUAUCUGCCUGAAACCUUCCCUCUUCUCUUGGACACACUGGUUCAUCUGUGCCGGGACGGGGCUGUUGUCUAUCUGGCGUCAUCGAUGCGCAGAGAACACGGCGCUCAGGACUUCUAUGACCGCAUGUUACCGCAGAUGUUCGGCGUGGAGCUCGUGCACAGAGAUCCUGAGAGCAAUAUCAAUAUUUAUAAAGCUACUUUGAGAUGAGCCCUCCAUCCGUCCUCCAUAUUAGCUUAUUAGAGUCUAAUUUUAUAUCUGGAGCUGGGAAGUUUGAAUAUUGGGGAGUAACAGAACACAUAUAAUGCCAUUAUGUAUUUAUAAUACAAAAUAUUCCUUUAUGGUUGCUGUUGAAAUCUUUUGAGCCCAAUAUGCAUUUCUAUACUUCAACUAAUUUAAUUAAGUGUGAACAUGAUACAAUAUUGAGAUAUGGUUUGAAAUUAGUUAUUUUAGUAAGUUUUAGAGGAGGUUAUUCUCCAAACACUUAUGAAUGUACAGUGUUAUAAUUAUAAUGCUAGUUUUUAGAUAUGGGUAAGAUACAGCAGCUAUAAAUAUUAAACCGAUAAUGCGGUAAAACAGUAAAACCAGUCAUGUGUGAUUAACCAUUAAGUGUUGCUAAAGUAAAGGUGUUGUUAGUGAUCCACAAGCCCCAGUGUGACUCUUGUUAAAUACAUUAAUGCCGUAAAAAGGCAUUUUAAAAUAGUACCUUUAAAGGUAAACUUUCCAUUUCAGAAAUGUAAAAUAAAACUGUGCAUGAAUUUUACUGUUCCUUGUGUAUGGCACUGUAAUGCAAAAUUGGAAAAUGCUGAAAUUAUGAGAACUGAAGGAUUACGACAAGUUUAAUCACGAAGUAGGAUAUAAAGAGAAAGUAAAAUAUCAAACAAUCUCAAUACAACUGACCCUCAGGCACAGACAGUCAUUACAGAAGGUCACAAAUAAGCACAAGUCUUGUUGUUUCUGUAAUUUAAUACCCAUAGCGUUUGAACUACAAAAGCUGACACUGCACUACAACACUUUUCUAACACAGUUCAGUCUGUUAUUCCAUACUAUUUGUGUUUGUGUGUGAGUCAGUCCCGGACCCAUAUGCUAAAUGAUUAGCACGGCCCCCCAUUUACAUAGAUUUUCCUGUUGAAUAUUUGCAGCACAAAAUAAACAUGAAUAUUUGAAUGCAUGUUGAAAAAAAUCUGAACAAUUGAAUACAAACGAAUGUCUUCUAAAUCGAUCAGAGUUUAAAAAAAAAGUCAAAAUGACGGAUAUUACAGAAGUAGGUCUACAGGUGGAAUUUUCACAUGAACUUCACAAUAUAACAUGAUUUUAUUAUCGUCAUUUUGACUUUAUUCUAAAAAUAUUAUGAAGUUAAUCUUAUUUGUUUUUUUCAACAUGGCACAAAAAUGCUGCUGUAUAGGCUACUGAAUGCAAAUACAAGUUUGGCACAGCAGGCUAAAAAACAAACAAUAAACAAACAAAACACAAACCAACAGAAAAAAAGUAGUGAGGGAAUAUUUGAACUACUGUUUUCUGAUCGAUGUUGCAAAAAUGAAUUUGACCCUGACUCACCAUCUCCUCAUUGGAAAUGCAUCUUUAUGGAUUACAUAAUGAAAGAGUUUUUGUUUUCGAUUUGAAUUAUUUUGUUUUAAAAUAGUCAUUUUAAGCAUUUUAUAGAUGAAUUUAUCAUGUUGGUGAAGCACCAAGUAGACCCUUUGCUGUUUGACCCUGAAUGAUGUAUGGGCCUAAUCUUACCUUUAUGAGCAAAAAUGAUUGGUGUAUAUUUAAUAAAAAAAAAAUUUUAUUAAAAAAUAAAUAAUGCAAGGGAUCGCACAGGCGAAGCAAAGCAUGCAUUAGCUUCCACUCUCCUCAAACGAUUGGAUAUGCACCUAACAGUGCUCAUUUAUCUAGCAUACAUGUUUAAAUGAAUACUGUGACAUGCAUGAAGUGUUUUAUGUCUAUUUAUUUUAGGCAAUUCGUGUUGGUUUGAGAAGGCUAAAUUGAUCAAAAAUAAUGCUCAACUCACUGUCUGCCGCUUGGUCGUUCCUUUAAAAAACAAACACUUGAAUUAACAAACAAACAAAAAGAAAUAUGACAACUUUGCCAUUAAAAACUAAAGCUGAACUAUUUUAAUAGCUGUGCAGUGGGAAAGAGAGAGAAAAAGACAUGGUAUCCAGUCGGACUUGGGCCGGGAAUUCUCACCAGCUGUUGGACAAGGGCCGGGCUCAUGCAGGACUAUAUUUGUUCCCCCGUUUCAGUUAAAAGUUCCCCCCAGCUCGGCGUGCCCCCAAACUGCCCAGGCACAUAUGCACCUGCAUACCAUCCAUAUAUGACGCUACACCACUGCUGCAUCGACAGUUUAACAUGUAAUACAAGAAAGUAAAUUAAGUAAAAGUUCCAAAAGGCAUUAUUGAGAACCUUUAAAGUUUUAGACCUAUUGCUAUUGUAAAAAUCACACUGUAAGGAAAAUAUAUUACUAUGGACUAUUUAUCAAAAUAAAAAAACUCUGUAUUUGUGAGUGCUACAGAUAAAUACCAAGUGAUUUAUUAGCCAUAUUUUAUCAUUCAUUCAUUC